AUGGCACCUGCCGCAGGGGAUCUCACACUUGCCUCGCUUGAUUACUCGGCCUGCUCAAUGAAGGUCUCCACUAAUUACAGAAUUCAUUUACGGCCACAAAGCCCACCCCAAAACACGAAGCAAACUCAAGUAUUUAUUUUCAUUUAUGGCUACAAUUCAUUUCGGGAUCUAUCUAUCUAUCUAUCUAUCUAUCUAUCUAUCUAUCUAUCUAUCUCAAUCACAUCUAUCAUCUAUCUAUCUAUCUAUCUAUCUAUCUAUCUAUCUAUCUAUCUCAGUCUGAUAAUAUCUAUGUAUCCUUCUCAGUCUGAUCACAUCUAUCUAUCUAUCUAUCUAUCUAUCUAUCUAUCUAUCUAUCUAUCUAUUCUCAGUCAGAUCAUAUCUAUCUAUCUAUCUAUCUAUCUAUCUAUCUAUCUAUCUAUCUAUCUAUCUCAUCAGAUCACAUCUAUCUAUCUAUCUAUCUAUCUAUCUAUCUAUCUAUCUAUCUAUCUAUCUAUCUAUCUCAGUCUGAUCAUAUCUAUGUAUCCUUCUCAGUCUGAUCACAUCUAUCUAUCUAUCUAUCUAUCUAUCUAUCUAUCUAUCUAUCUAUCUCAGUCAGAUCACAUCUAUCUAUCUAUCUAUCUAUCUAUCUAUCUAUCUAUCUAUCUAUCUAUCUAUCUCAUCAGAUCACAUCUAUCUAUCUAUCUAUCUAUCUAUCUAUCUAUCUAUCUAUCUAUCUAUCUAUCUAUCUAUCUCAGUCUGAUCAUAUCUAUGUAUCCUUCUCAGUCUGAUCACACCUAUCUAUCUAUCUAUCUAUCUAUCUAUCUAUCUAUCUAUCUAUCUAUCUAUCUAUCUACAGGCAGACAUUUAGAUUUGAUAGAAAAAUCUCAAAUUUAUAAAAAUCUAUCUAUCUAUCUAUCUAUCUAUCUAUCUAUCUAUCUAUCUAUCUGUCUAUUUUAUUCUGCUUCUAUGUACUUAUUCGAUCUAUUCUAUCUAUCUAUGCGUGUUUUUUGGAUCUUUUCCACAACGUUUAAUUUCCUGACUAUCUAUCUAUCUCAGUUCGUUCAUUAUCUAUCUAUCUAUCUAUCUAUCUAUCUAUCUAUCUAUCUAUCUCAGUUCGCUCGUUAUUUAUUUAUCUAUCUCUCUCUCUCAAUUCGUUCAUUAUCUAUCUAUCUAUCUAUCUCAAUUCGCUCAUUAUCAAUGUCUAUCUAUCUCUCUCUCUCUCUCUCUCUCUCUCUCUAUAUAUAUAUAUAUAUAUAUAUAUAUAUAUAA